AUGGCCCUUCAACAUCACCCGCCUCCCGAGGAAAAGACACCACCUUACAACGAGUCGGGGCCUCAUACCGAGAGAGCGGAGGAAGAGAUGUAUGCUCGCCAAAGAUACCUCCUCAGACGUGUCGUCCCUACCAUCCUCACACUACUAGCUAUCAUUUCUCUGUUUCGCACAGUUUUAGUCCACCACCAGCACUCCCACCCCUACUUGCCUGCUUCGCGCAUAGGCACUCUGGAUGAAGGAGCGGGAAAUAAAGUCUCUUUGGAGAUACAUGUCAUGUCCAAGUGUCCCGAUGCCCGAGACUGCUUGCAAGAAUUGAUCCUACCAACCAUGAUACAAGUCAAUAAGAAAGUCGACUUCACCAUGUCAUACAUUGGAAGUAUCGAUCCCCAUUCGGACGCGGUUUCCUGCAAGCAUGGCCCUGGUGAAUGCCUGGGCAAUAUCAUCAUCCUCUGCGCAGCCAAAGCAUAUCCCGAUGUCAAACUCUGGCUCGGAUUCGCCAACUGCAUGAUUUCUGAUUACCAAGAUAUCCCCGAACGAGACCUGGUCGAAGACUGCGCCAUGGAACACGGCCUUGACCUCCAGAAACUCAAUUCUUGUAUCAGUGACGAGGGAGAAGGCAUCGACUUGCUUCGAUCAAGUAUUGAAAGAAGUCAGGAGAACAAUGUGACCAAGAGCUGCACCGUCAGACUCGCAGGGGAAGUACGAUGUAUUCGAGAUGGGGGAAUAUGGUAUGACUGCCCUGGAGGCAGCUCUGUGGACGACCUUGUCGGUGAUAUUAAUGACUUAUACAGCGAGGGCUCGUGA